AUGUCGACUCCAGACUACUUCACCAGUGACCCAGAUUGGGAAGCAUUCGCUACUAAAAAUGACAUUCCCCUUCCCUCAGCGACUCCCCAACAACCGUCAGCUCCGGUCGACUUCACCCAACUUGAUUUCGCUUCCAUUCGAGAAUACGAGGCGAUAUCUAACACCCAAUGGGCUGAAAGCCACCCCAUCGAAGAGGUCGGCUAUACCGUAAAGUCGGCCACGGUCCGAGCCCGUGAUGGUGCCGAUAUCAACUUGAAAGUGUCAUUUCCACUGUCCAACCGCCUCGACACUAAAGGGAAAGAUAAAAUCUCUCUACCAAUUCUCUUGGUCACCCAUGGUGGGGGCUGGGUUCAAGGCAAUCAUACCUCGGAGGAACUGUGGCUCUUAUACCCAUUGUACGAGCGGUUUGACCUCGUGAUUGUCAGUGUGGAAUACCGUCUGGCUCCAGAGAACCGCUUCCCGAUCUGGAUCGAAGAUUCCGAGGAUGUACUAGAUGCUCUACUCGAUUCCCCAGAGAGAAUUCUCGGUUUAAACGCAAAUAUCAAGGUCGAUCUCAAUCAACUCAUCCUGGCCGGUUCUUCUUCUGGAGCAGGAAUCAGUGCUGCACUCUCUCAGAUCUGUCGGGACAAAGGUAUCCCUGUCAAUGGUGUCAUCCUCAACGUUCCUAUGCUCUGCGACCCUCGUCAUUUCCCGGUCGCCGAGUACGGCCCCUCUGAAGAGUCCCUUCGCUCGUAUACCCAGUGCAUGGAUAUCUUCAUGGGCUCAACUGGGCUACUCGCCGUUUGGAACCUGAUUCAUCCGGAGCCCACCUCGGGCUUGAGCAGUAAAGCGUCUCCGUUGCUCGGGGAUGUGAACGGUCUUCCACGACAUUUGAUCUUUGUGUCAGGGCAGGAUCCGUUACGAGACGAGGGGAUAGCGUAUGCCAGAAAGCUAGAAGAGCGAAACGUACCGGUCACGCUUAAUGUCUAUAAGGGUGUGCCGCAUAAUUUCGGACACUUUUGGGAGUUACAAGCGACAAAGCUAUUUUGGGAGAAUUUGAGAGCUACUCUGGAGGAAUGGUUGCUUUGA